AUUGGAAGCCUAGAAGAUCAUUACUUGUUUGAGGCCCCACACAGAGAGAGGAGAUCAGCAUCACCAAGCCAUGAACAUCAUAGUUUGCUGCAAGAGCAUGACCAGGUCCACUGGUUUGAACAGCAGGUGGCCAAGUCUCGAACCAAACGUGACUUUCAUCCCAGAGAUGUCGCUGAUCAGAUGAGUGUCCUCGACCCUUACUGGAAAAAUCAGUGGUAUUUGAAUGGUGGUGCCAUUGGAGGUAACGACAUGAAUGUUCUAGAAGCUUGGCGUAAAGGCUACACCGGAAAAAAUAUUGUUGUCACUAUCUUGGAUGAUGGUUUGGAGCGUGAUCACCCAGACCUGAUCAGAAACUAUGACCCAUAUGCCAGCUAUGAUGUCAACAACCAUGAUAAUGAUCCCAUGCCACGAUAUGAUCCCUCAAAUGAAAACAGACAUGGAACAAGAUGUGCAGGAGAAGUUUCAGCAGAAGCAAACAAUACACAGUGUACUAUCGGUAUAGCUCCGGACUCAAGAAUAGGAGGCAUACGCAUGUUGGACGGAGAAGUGUAUGAUGCAGUGGAGGCAGCAUCUCUGAGUUUUAAUCGCAGCCAUGUGGACAUUUACUCUGCAAGCUGGGGUCCUGAUGACGAUGGGAAGGUUGUAGACGGGCCUGGCAAACUGGCAAAAAAGGCCUUCAUCAAUGGAAUUGAAAGUGGCAGAGGAGGUAAAGGCUCCAUUUUCGUGUGGGCAUCGGGGAAUGGCGGCAGUGCCCAGGAUUCUUGUAACUGUGAUGGAUAUGCUAAUAGCAUCUACACCUUGUCAAUAAGCAGUACAUCAGAAAAUGGAGUCAAACCUUGGUACUUGGAGGAAUGCUCCUCCACACUGGCCACCACAUACAGUAGUGGUGCUUACAAUGAGAGGCAGAUUGCAUCAACAGAUCUCCAUCACAGAUGUACCACAACCCACACAGGAACAUCAGCUUCGGCACCUCUAGCGGCUGGCAUGGUUGCUCUGAUACUAGAAGCCAACAAUGACUUAACCUGGCGGGAUGUUCAAUACAUUACUCUGAUGACCUCUAGGCCUGACCCAAUCAAAGAUGGACAGUGGAUUACAAAUGGCGUGGGGAGGAAAGUGAGUUUGCGUUACGGUUAUGGUCUGAUGGAUGCAACUGCAAUGGUUGACCUGGCACUGCUUUGGAGUAAUGUUCCAAUCAAACAUGAAUGCCUAGUACAGACAAAUAUUAACCAUGAGGGUCUAGAAGGUGGAGCGAAAUUCACCGCCCAUGUGGAAACAGUUGGCUGUCAGGGUCAGGCUACAGAAGUUAACUAUCUUGAGCAUGUUCAGGCAGCAAUCAGUCUGUCCUACCAGAGACGGGGUGAUAUAGUCAUCUAUCUGACCUCACCCAUGGGAACCAAGUCCAAGCUGCUGCCUCGUCGUCCCAGUGAUUCCAGCCCUGGAGGCUUUGACGAAUGGCCUUUUAUGUCAGUUCACUUCUGGGGAGAAAAUCCCAGGGGAGUGUGGACUUUAGAAAUUGAGGAUGCUGACGCUUUGAACUCAGGAUCUGGAAGUGGUAUGCUAGAGUCUUGGUCACUUGUAUUCCAUGGAACCAAAGAGCAGCCAGUCAGGCUGAAGAACCAGACCACAGCUACCUCAACACCACCACCUUCAAAGCCCAUCACAGUUAGACCUCCAUUUUUGGAAACAACAAUCAGUUCACAGGUGAGACCCACUCAUAAAUUACUGUAUUUUUCUCUGUGUCACAGUGAAUGUGCUGGAAAUUGCACAGGAGCAACCCCAAAGGACUGCUUGGAAUGCAAACAUUUUCGUAUUGGACCAACAAAAACAUGUGUCGCAACUUGCCCUAGUGGAUUCUACGCAGACAACAAGAUGUGUCUACCCUGUGAGAUGAGCUGUGCCACCUGCAGCGGCCCAAUGCUGACACAGUGUCUCAGCUGCCCACUAGGUCACCUGUUUCAACAGUUGAACAGAAACCAGCAGAUCUGUUCAGUUGAGUGCCUGUCAGGGUAUUUUAUAAGUAACAAUUCCUGUUUUCCCUGCCAUUCCACUUGCAAAGAAUGCUCUAACGCUGACACCUCCUGCACAUCUUGCCCUCGCGGCCAUGAGUUGCACCAGAACACUUGUGUCUCUCCAAAAGAUAACUACAAGACCAAUACGCUUGUGGUAGUGUUGUCUGUAAUAUCUGCCUUUGUUGUACUGCUAGUUAUUCUUG